AUGCUCUUCUCCAACCUCCUCGCAGCCCUGACCCUCGCGGUCUCCGCCUCCGCCGCAGCCGUAGCCAACGCCGGAGCCGAGCCCAGCAUCCACUACACCGAUCUGGAGAAGCGCGAACGAGUCGUCCAAUGCUGCGUGCGUCAAGUCUGCUACCCAGCUUUCCAGAGCAUCAACUGCCCUUGCACGAGCAGAAAGACGAUGGGAUGUCCUGAGCCGAAAUCUGCGAGGGAGUGCUGCACUGGUGGCGAUCCUAUUUAG